AUGGCCCGCCCUACUACUGUGUCCAAGCCUUCAAUCCGCCGUGUUCCCGCCAAAGCUGGAGCGGAUGAAAUUAUCAAUAUCUUGCAGGAGGACGGUGUGGUCGUUAUCGAGAACUUCUGCGCUCCAGGCGUUAUUGACCGGCUAAAUCAUGAAUUAGAGCCGUAUUUAGCUCGCGACAUCGAUCUCCCCAAAAACUUAGCUGAGUUUCACGGCCUUCAUGAUAUCUGUCGAAAGAUUUACUCUGAGCGGCAGCUUGCUGAUUACUGGCUGAGCAUGGCAGCAAUGCUGGAAAACUCGCCCGGAGGAUAUAAGCAGGACUUGCAUCGGGACCAGAUGUUGUUCCCUCUGUGCAAGGCGCUUGGGGAAACGGGACCCAUGGUCAUGAUCAACUUCUUCGUGGCGCUGAGCGAUGUCACUGAGGAGAAUGGUGGGACCCGUGUUAUCCCUGGUAGUCAUUUGUGGUCGGACUUCAGUGACAACGGCGAAGCUGGGAUGACUGUGCCUGUGGAGAUGAAGGCAGGGGAUGCGUUUCUUCUGGGUGGCAAGACGGUGCACGCCGCUGGGCAGAAUGUAAGCCAGAAUUCUCUUCGUCGACUCAUCAUCUUCGGAUUCCAGCCGAGCUACCUGACUCCCUUUGAAUCGUUUCUGGGAAUACCGCGCAACAUCGUUGACGGCAUGACGCCUCUUGCUCAGAAGAUGGUUGGUUGGGGGUCGCCCACGGUUGAGGGGUUGACUUUCUGGACGAUGGAUUCUAAAGACAUUGGCCUUUAUCGGGAUAGGGAAGGAGAAGAGCUUCAGCAUAUGCUCCGCGAUCAGUAG